GUGGACCCCGAAGCCCCUUCCCCGCGGUGGACGGGUCCCCCGGCCAGGCCCCAGCCCCACGGGCGGCCCUCUCGCAGUGCGCGUUCUGACCGUCCCCCUGGCCUCGCCCGGAUCUACCAAGGCCAUGUCUGUUCCAUCGUCACUGAGCCAGUCGGUCAUUAACGCCAACAGCCACGGAGGUCCCUCGCUGAGCCUUCCCCUGCCCUUGCACGCUGCUCACAACCAGCUGCUGAACGCCAAGCUGCAGGCCACAGCUGUGGGGCCCAAGGACCUGCGCAGUGCCAUGGGGGAGGGUGGUGGGCCUGAGCCAGGCCCCGCCAAUGCCAAGUGGCUCAAGGAGGGCCAGAACCAGCUCCGGCGGGCUGCCACCGCCCACCGUGAUCAGAACCGCAAUGUGACCUUGACCUUGGCAGAAGAGGCCAGUCAGGAGCCUGAGAUGGCACCCUUGGGCCCGAAAGGCCUGAUGCACCUGUACUCUGAGCUGGAGCUCUCUGCUCACAAUGCCGCCAACCGAGGGCUCCGAGGACCGGGCCUGAUCAUCAGCACCCAGGAACAGGGGCCGGAUGAGGGAGAGGAGAAGGCAGCAGGGGAGGCCGAGGAAGAUGAUGAUGAGGAUGAGGAGGAGGAGGAAGAGGAGGAGGAGGAGGACUUGUCUUCUCCCCCAGGACUGCCGGAGCCCCUGGAGAGUUCGGAGGUGCCCCCUGGGCCCCAGGCCCUUGCAGAUGGCCCCCGGGAUCACAGCAAGAGCGCCAGCCUCCUGUUUGGCAUGCGGAACAGUGCAGCCAGUGAUGAGGACUCAAGCUGGGCCACCUUGUCUCAGGGUAGCCCCUCCUAUGGCUCCCCAGAGGACACAGAUUCCUUCUGGAACCCCAACGCCUUCGAGACGGAUUCCGACCUGCCGGCUGGAUGGAUGAGGGUACAGGAUACCUCAGGGACCUACUACUGGCACAUCCCAACAGGGACCACCCAGUGGGAGCCACCGGGCCGGACCUCCCCCUCACAGGGGAGCAGCCCCCGAGAGGAGUCCUCCCAGCUCACCUGGACAGGAUUUACCCAUGGAGAAGGCUUUGAUGAUGGAGAAUUUUGGAAGGACGAACCCACUGAGGAGGCCCCAAUGGAUUUGGGACUAAAGGAUCCUGAGGAGGCGACAUUGACCUUCCCAGCUCCGAGCCUCAGCCCAGAGCCAUUGCCUCAAGAGGAAGAGAAGCUGCCUCCACGGAAUGCCAACCCAGGAGUCAAGUGUUUCGCCGUGCGCUCCCUGGGCUGGGUGGAGAUGACUGAAGAGGAGCUGGCCCCUGGACGCAGCAGUGUGGCGGUCAACAAUUGCAUCCGUCAGCUCUCCUACCACAAAAACAAUCUGCACGACCCCAUGUCUGGGGGAUGGGGGGAGGGAAAGGAUCUGCUGCUUCAGCUGGAGGAUGAGACGCUAAAGCUGGUGGAGCCCCAGAGUCAGGCCCUGCUGCACGCCCAGCCCAUCGUCAGCAUUCGUGUGUGGGGCGUCGGGCGGGACAGCGGAAGAGAGAGGGAUUUUGCCUACGUAGCUCGUGAUAAGCUGACCCAGAUGCUCAAGUGCCACGUGUUCCGCUGUGAGGCACCCGCCAAGAACAUCGCCACCAGCCUGCAUGAGAUCUGCUCUAAGAUCAUGGCCGAACGGCGCAAUGCCCGCUGCUUGGUAAAUGGACUCUCCCUGGACCACUCUAAACUGGUGGAUGUUCCUUUCCAAGUGGAGUUCCCAGCACCCAAGAACGAGCUGGUACAAAAGUUCCAAGUCUAUUACCUGGGGAGUGUACCUGUUGCUAAACCUGUCGGGGUUGAUGUGAUAAAUGGGGCCCUGGAGUCAGUCCUGUCCUCCAGUAGUCGCGAGCAGUGGACCCCCAGUCAUGUCAGCGUGGCCCCUGCUACCCUCACCAUCUUGCACCAGCAGACGGAGGCAGUCCUGGGAGAGUGUCGGGUACGCUUCCUGUCCUUCCUGGCUGUGGGCAGGGAUGUCCACACGUUCGCAUUCAUCAUGGCUGCUGGCCCAGCCUCCUUCUGCUGCCACAUGUUCUGGUGCGAGCCCAAUGCCGCCAGCCUCUCAGAGGCUGUGCAGGCUGCGUGCAUGCUCCGCUACCAGAAGUGUCUGGAUGCACGUUCCCAGGCCUCCACCUCCUGCCUCCCAGCACCCCCUGCUGAAUCUGUUGCCCGGCGUGUAGGGUGGACCGUCCGCAGGGGUGUCCAGUCGCUGUGGGGCUCGAUCAAGCCUAAAAGGUUGGGGUCCCAUACCCCCUGAAGCCCUUGGUUCUCCCUCCACCUGCUUGUGCUGAGCCCCAGGGAACUCAAGAGUAUGGGGCAGGGAGGGGCCCUAGAGGCUCUUCUUAGUCCUAAGGCCCCCCCAUCAAAUCUGCCCCUCCCCAGUAUCUGGGGUUCCCUGCCUAGGGGCUGGGGAAAUCUGGGGAAAUAGAGAUGUAAUCCUGCAAGUAAGUGACAGUGCUGGGUCAAUGACAGGAGGAAUAGGAUUCAAGAGCCCAGCCCGGGGCUCUCCAUCCCCAUUUCAGGUGGAGCAGGAGGAACUGGUUUGGGCCAGGCCCAUCCUCAUAGGGCCCAGCAGGGGUGGGAGGGGACUGGUCCAGGCAUGGGUCCCCUCCCCCUGCUCCAUGGGCACCUCUAUUGAUAUCACUAAUAAAGUCUGUCUGCCCUGCU